CACUACCGCACUAGCACUGGAGCAGGUCCUCGCCGUCCACAGGCGCCAGUUCGUCUCCCGGAUAAGACGAUAAUUCGAGCCGAAAAAUAUCACCACACAGACACACAGGUACGCAAGGCACAGCCCAAGACCACCGCACCGCACCUGCACACCGCCAGGGAUGGCGGCAACCGCGCACCUCACCGGUGUCCUCGGCGUGUCGUCGCCGCCUCUCGCUCCGUCCCACUGCAGCUGCAGCGGCGCCAAGAAGCAGAGCUGCUCGCUGCGUCAGGGGCGGCAGCAGAGGAGGCGCCUCCGCGUCGCCCGCGCCGUCGAGGUGGACGCGCCUUCCGCCGGCGCGCCGGAGCCGGAGGAGGCGGAGGAGCCGUCCGUCGACUUCGCGUUCGUCAGCCCGCGGCUGCUGCCGGACGGGACGCCGGACGUGCACUACCGGACGGCGCGCGGCGGGCAGAAGCUCAGGGACAUCAUGCUCGACGGCUACAUCGACCUCUACGGGCCCUACGAUAAGGUUCUUCUCAACUGCUCAGGGGGCGGCGUGUGCGGGACCUGCAUCGUCGAGGUGGUUGAAGGCAAGGAAAUGCUGUCCCCGAAAACUGAUGUGGAAAAGGAGUUGCUCAAAAGGAAACCCAAAACGUGGAGAUUGGCGUGCCAGGCAACGGUGGGCAACGCAGAUUCGACUGGACAGAUGAUCAUUCAACAGUUGCCGGAGUGGAAGAUACACGAGUGGGACAAGUAGGGGUUACUGCUUUACUGGUCUUGAAGAGUGCUCUCGUGGCCAUACUAUAGAUUACAUGCAGUGGAAAUGGGAAAAAAAGGAAUAAGAAGCAGCUGAUCAGUGGAAGAGCUGGUGCAGAUUGAUUGAUGAAGCUUUUCAUACUCCAAACAAACAAACAAAAACCUGGGCAUGUUUUUUCACCAUUUGUAGCAACCGAAAGGAGCAUGGAUCAAUUAGCCCCGUUCUGU